UUCAAAACGUAAACAUCUUCCGUUCAACUCGUUUCUCUCUCGUUUCCGGAUCAUGUUCCCACUAUGGCUAGCAAACUAUUCACCAUCGCACUAGUGGUUGCUUUAGCAGCAACUUUGAUUAAUAUCUACGUGAAAAAUAAGGGUGAGACUCGGUACCUGUUCCACACAGAAUGGUAUGACCCUGUGUCGGCAACUGUCCGGAAAUUCCUUCUGAGUUUUUUCCCACGAGAUAACUCCGUGGAAAUGUAUGAUUUGCGGUCCCAGCGUCUGUUUUUAAAGCGCUUGGCCGUUGAGGGGUUAGAUGAAAAGGAUUUUUAUCUGGGCAAUACCAUAGUCGUGCUUUCAAGACAGUUGAAGAUCACGGAAUAUGCAGAUUCCACAACCAGGGAAAUCAUAAGCUCUAAGAGGCAGAGAACGUUUGCAAUGGUGAAGCCCGACGCAGUACACAGACUGGGCGAAGUCAUCGACGUGAUCCAGAGCAGGAACUUCGAGGUGAGCCAGAUGAAGAUGGUGCAGCUGACGCGAGCUCAAGCGGGGCUGUUUUACCGUGAGCAUGAAGGCCGGCCGUUUUUCGAGCCCCUCCUUGACUACGUGACAAGUGGCCCAGUCGUAGCCAUGGAGCUGAUCACAACUAAUGCCGUGCAGCGAUGGAGGGAGACUCUGGGCCCCACGGAUGCAGAGCUAGCGAGACGCGAGGCACCCGACACCAUCCGCGCCAAGUUUGGGAAGGAUAAACAGUCGAAUGCGGCCCAUGGCUCCGAUUCGGAUGUUGCGGCCACUAGGGAAAUUGAGUUCUUCUUCCCUUCCUCCAAAGUGCAUGAUAUAAUGGUGCCCCAGACGACAGCAAGAUUCCUCAAUAAUACGUGUUGCAUUAUUAAACCCCAUGCAAUAGCAGAGGGUAACAUGGGCAGCAUAUUCAAAGCAAUAAAAGACGAGGGUUUUGAGGUGUCGGCUCUCCAGAUGUUCCGCAUGGACAAGAUUCAGGCCGAGGAGUUUUUGGAGGUGUACAAGGGCGUAGUUAGCGAAUAUCCAGGUAUGCUACAGCAGUUGAUCUCGGGUCCUUCAGUCGCCAUAGAGAUCACGAGCAUCCACGCAGGACAGACUCCAGUUAAAUUUAGGGAAUUUGUAGGACCAGCUGAUCCAAUCGUGGCCAAAGAAUUACGACCCAACAGUCUAAGAGCUCGGUUCGGUGAGAACACUGUCAAGAAUGCCCUUCAUUGCUCGGAUUUGCCAGAUGAUGGUCCCCUCGAGGUGGAAUAUUUCUUCAAAAUUCUUCAGUGACUUUAGUUUUCAGCACAUAUGGUACACGCAUUCCAGUGCAGUUUUCAGUGACUGCCAUUUUUAUAUUGCAAUAAAUGUAUAUCAGUGUCUUUGAAGGAAUUCCCCUGUUUUGCUAAAUUUUCAUGUUUGAUGUCCUUCAUAAAGUAUGUUGUACUGUUAAUUAAUGAUAUUUUGUUAUUAACCCAUUGGAUCCAGGUGCACUGCCCGCAUGUGGCCUAAAUCCGGGCAUUAGGCUUAAGCGUGGACUCUCCCCCAUGUGGCUUUGAGGCCCUGCUGACGCAAAUGUCUAUGUGCUGUCAAGACUCCUUGCCUCCUCCUUGCAAAGUUAAUAUCUCUCUUUCUACAUUGGUAUAUUUUUUUAUUUUAUUUUUUUCCCCAUCCUAUUUUCCAAGGUCUGUGUUUGUCAACUGAUGUCCUGUAUCAAGAUGAUAAUGAACGAUUUUCCUUGCACAGACUCCAUAUCAUCUCUCAAGGUAGUCUGUAAUUCAGUGCAAAAACAAUAAUAGCAAGUAACGUCUUGUUAUAUUUGUCAUUUGUCAUUCUGAGAACAGAAAUGGUGUCCUCCUUGGAGCCAGCACUCCUCCAGUCAUGGCUCAUGGAUCACGGAUGGUACAUUCUGCACCCGUUUACCAAUCAAAAUAAUGCAAGAGCCCAUUCCUAAAUGCCCACUGAGUCUCAUGACCCUCCAAGAACUUUGUGCACUCAACAGCAAGUCAUUCCUGACAUCCUGACCAUCAGCCAAAUUUUUAAUGACAGUAUGUUCCCAUCACCCCAGCCCUCGGUCAAAAUAUUUCAUGGUGGCAUGUUCCCAUAACCUAGUCUUCUGCCAAUUUUUUUUGUUAUGUGAUGGUCAGAUCACCUGGAUCCUAGGGGUUAAAUAUAGGGUUUCAGAAUAAGCUUGUACUGCCUUUUUCAUGGUUCAUUAAAUAAAUUAUAUAUAUUUAAAUUA